AAAUAAGAUUGCCUUUGCCUGCCACAAAGAAAAUUAGAUGGGUAUUCGGAUCGGAGGAGAAUGAUUUUAUUAGGUAGAGUUUUUGAAAUACAGGUGAACACUAGUUGUGAGAAUCAUUCCAUAUCAAAAUGGCCUUUAGAUUUCAUCAUCUUUCCAAUAAUAACAUCACCCUGCUUCUUGCUGCUGCUGCUGCUUCCUUUUCCUCCUCAUGGCCGUCGAUGACUUUUUACACACUGACCCUCUUCUUCAUUCCAAUGGAGCUCAUGCCAACAACAACAACAACAAGAAAAACAUCAACUUUGUAUCAUUGGCUAAAUGGGUUCUCAAAUUUACCAUGUGGAUUGUAUUCCUUGCAUAUGUUGCUCUCUUUUUUCUCAUUCCUACAGACUUCGGGACUGAACUCUAUGCUGACUGGACUGCUGCAACCAAUGGAAGCCUAUUUGGGGACAUAGGGAGUAUGUUGCUGUUAUACAGUGCCCCAAUUAUCUUUAUUGCUUUUCUUGCUGUUCUAUAUCUUCUCAUCUCUGGGGAAGACCAACUACAACUACAAGAGAAGAAGACUCCAAGAUUCCGAUUGUGGACUUUUCCCGUUCUAGUGGAUGGACCACUUGGGGUUGUUUCCGCUGCUGAGUUAAUUGGCAUAAUCCUCUUUAUCGUGUUUGUUAUCUGGUCUGCUUAUGUCUAUACUGUAGUGAUCAUUGGAACGUUACCUGGUGACUCAACCCCCAUAGAAAAGAGUUUUUUCAUUUUGGAAAAUCUGGGACUUCGAAUUGGUACUAUCGGAUUAUAUUGCUUGGCAUUUUUGUUUAUUCCGGUUGCAAGGGGAUCAGUUCUUCUCCGCCUUAUAAAUAUCCCUUUCGAGCAAGCAAUAAGAUAUCAUGUGUGGCUUGGACAUCUCACUAUGCUACUGUUUACUCUCCAUGGACUACUCUAUGUAAUUGCAUGGACAAUGGAGGGACACCUUCUAAAAGAAAUAUUGGAGUGGGCAGAUACUGGUGUUGCUCAUCUUGCAGGUGUUAUAAGUCUAACAGCUGGUCUACUAAUGUGGAUGACAUCACUUUAUCCAGUGAGAAGGAACAAGUUUGAGUUGUUCAUCUAUACUCAUCAACUAUAUGUAAUCUUUAUUGUCUUUUUUGCUUUCCAUGCUGGCCAUUUCAUUUUCUGUGUACCUGCUGGAGGAAUAUUUCUUUUCAUUCUAGAUCGCUUUCUGAGAUUCUGCCAAUCACGAAAGACUGUUGAUAUAAUUUCAAUCAAGUGCCUACCUUGUGGAACUAUGGAAUUGAUGUUUCCAAAACCUGCAAAUCUACGGUACAAUGCCCUCAGUUUUAUUUUCCUUCAAGUUCGGGAAUUAUCUUGGCUGCAGUGGCAUCCUUUCAGUGUUUCAUCUAGUCCUUUGGAUGGUAAAUAUCAUCUAUGCGUUCUCAUAAAGGCUAUGGGAGAAUGGACAGAAAAGCUCAAAGGAAAUGUCCUGAAUAGUUCUAGAGCUGACCUACAUCUUCAGCCUCGAACAAAGAUAACAGCUUCUGUUGAGGGGCCUUAUGGGCAUGAAUUACCAUAUCACUUGAUGUAUGAAAAUCUUAUUUUAGUAGCAGGUGGCAUAGGAAUUUCACCAUUUCUGGCUAUCUUGAGUGACAUUCUCCAUCGUACUAGGGAAGGAAAACCUUGUUUGCCUCGAAACAUCUUGAUUGUUUGGGCUGUGAAAAGGUCAAAUGAGCUUCCUCUUCUUUCUACCAACGAUAUGGAAUUAAUCUAUCCAUUUUUCUCAGAUAAACUGAGUCUUGAGAUUCAGAUUUUUGUCACUCGAGAAUCACAACCUCCAUUGGAAGAGGGUCAAGUACACGAGGCUACGUACUCAUCUCCUCUUGUGUCUAACAGCAGUAGCAUGUCAGUUUUGGUUGGUACAGGAAAUAAUAUAUGGUCUGGACUGUAUGUUAUCUUGUCUACACUAGGCUUUGUCAUCUUAUUGUAUUUACUGGAUAUUUUCUACGUAAACCCUUAUGACAUAUCUCCAUGGUGGUACAAAGCGCUUCUCCUUGUAAUUUGCAUGCUUGCAAGUGUCUUUAUCUUUGGGGGUGUUGUGGUUAGUUUGUGGCAUCUUUGGGAAAGGCGAAAUGCAGCAAGGGAGGCAAGCAUGGAUGAUAGGAUAGUGGUUGAGAACAUGCAGCAUGAUGAAAUUUUAGCUCACAAGGAUUCAUGCCAGCAAAAAAUUUUGAGUUCAACCAAUACUUAUUAUGGUUCAAGACCAGACUUCAAAGAUAUUUUUGGGGAUAUAUCAGAGAAAUGGGGCUGCGUUGAUGUUGGUGUUAUUGUGUGCGGUCCUCCAAGUCUUCAGACAAGUGUUGCUAAAGAAAUCAGGUCACAAAAUAUUAGGAGACAACGCAAUCAUCCAAUCUUCCAUUUCAACAGCCAUAGUUUCGAGCUAUAGACACCACCUUCAUCAUCUCAUCUUCCCCUUAGCAAAAUGCACGGAUAAUAUUGUAAUGUUUUAUGUAAAAUGGUUUUGGAGAAUGUUGUACGUAUAUUGUUGUAGGGGUUAGUAACCCCUACCAUCGGCACCCGAAAUGGCCAUUCGGCUUGUAGGGGUUUCAAUGACUUGAUGGUGGUGGGAGGCCAGCAUAACGAUGGUAGCAGCCCCUCAGAUUCCUUUCUUUCUCUCUCUUACAAAAGCUUUGUCAAUUUUAGUUUUAUUUAUUUAUUUUGGUAAUAGUAAAACAACUCAUUUCAUUUAACAAUCCACAAGAUUUUCAUGUC